AGUAGAAUACAACUAAACGACGCGUAACUGACUUGACGACAUUGACCGUUGUGAACGAAUCAAGCAAGGAAACAGCUCAUAUACGACCGGCUUUUUCAGCUGGUUUCAACACAGAUCGCGACGAAAACUCAUGCAAAAGAGCUAAAAUGUCUUUUCCAAGCCAAAGGGAUUCGACCUCAGACGUCUUUUAUCCUGAUUCAGGACCAAAGCCAUCCACUCCAUCUAAACCUACAGUGCAAGGAUUAGAGCACAUACUACAUUCUCGUGGUGUCAGAAAACCCAGUCAAGGCGGAGGUCCAAGACCACCAAGCGAGGGUCGUGGUAGAACUCCAAGUCACCAUGCAGAUUAUGACUCAAGAGAUCGACCCAGUUCCCGGCAGUCGAGCAAUUAUGGACCCCCGCGCGAUAAUGGGCCCCCGCCGUACAAUGGAGCUCCAAGACCACGAGAAAAUGAGCCUCCUAGAUACAAAGACAAGGAACCAUCAAGGCCACAAGGAAGAGAUUACGAACCUCAUUCAAGGCCACAAGGGAGAGACUACGAACCUCCUUCAAGGCCACAAGGAAGAGACUACGAACCUCCUUCAAGGCCACAAGGAAGAGACUACGAACCUGCUUCAAGGCCACAAGGAAGAGACUACGAACCACCACGGUAUGGAAGAGAAGGUGAACGAUAUGGUAGGGAUCCACCAAGAUAUGAACAACAGGCGACAGAUAACAGACGAGAAAAAACACACAGUGAACGACGGCAGCAAGGCCAACGAGGCCCACAAGAUAUGGAUUUGGGCGUACGUGCAAACAAGUCGACUGACCAACUAACGCCGCAAGAAAAACAUAUAGAGUCUUCCAAAGUAAAUGAAUUGGAGGAGGACGACAAACCUCCUGAGAGAGAAAGUUGGGGCCAUAAAGCUGAAUUUAUUCUAGCAACUAUUGGUUUAGCAGUAGGGCUCGGUAAUGUUUGGCGUUUUCCUUACCUAUGUCAAAAAAACGGAGGAGGUGCCUUCUUGAUACCUUAUGUGAUAUUCAUGCUCAUCGAAGGCCUUCCACUGUUCUUCUUGGAGCUCAGCAUUGGUCAAAGGAUGCGUAAAAGCGCCAUCUUGUGCUGGAGAGAUAUCCAUCCAGCCCUGUUUGGCAUAGGCGUUGGAUGUCUUAUGGUAUCACUGAUGCUUUGCUUGUACUAUGUAGUAGUUAUAGCUUGGUGUUGCUACUACUUCUUCAUUUCUUUUACUUCGGACUUGCCUUGGAAGAAAGAAAUUCUCUGUCACAACUGGGAUGCUUACAAUGGAAUUUUAUCAGCUAUAAAAGAUUGCGAAUCCGGCUCCAAUCCCAACUGCACGACCAACUCGACUAUGUACAAAGCUUUAAAAUACAACGAAACAACUUUUCCUGAUUGUUGUGUAAGAGAUCCACCUCAGUACUACUUCUAUCACCAUGCCCUUCAAAUAUCCACAAGCAUUGAAGACCCUGGUAUCGGCAUGAAUGUUAAACUCCUUGGCUGUCUGGUCUUUGCCUGGGUUAUUACGUACCUUUGUGUAGUCAAAGGGAUCAAGUCCAGUGGAAAGGUUGUGUAUUUCACUGCUACAUUCCCAUACAUUAUCCUCAUCAUCCUGUUUUUCCGCGGAGUAACAUUGGAAGGAGCUGGUAAUGGAAUCAAAACAUUUUUUACCCCCAAGUGGGAUCUUUUGUUGGACGCCAAUAUCUGGAAAGACGCUGCAACACAGAUGUUCUUCACACUUAGUCUUGGGUUUGGAGCUCUCAUUGCGUUCGCCAGUUACAUGCCUAUUCAUAACCAAGUCAUGAGAGAUGCAUAUACUGUGGUAUUUGUCAAUUGUGGAACUAGCUUAUUCGCUGGUAUUGUCGUCUUCUCCAUUCUUGGAUACAGAGAACUGAAAACAGGCAUUCCUGCUGACAAGGUUGGCUCGGGACCUGGACUGGCCUUCAUGACAUUCUCCGACGCCAUGCUCCUAAUGGAUGUGUCCCCACUCUGGGCAAUCCUCUUUUUCCUUAUGCUCAUUCUCCUUGGAAUCGAUAGUGAGUUUGGCACACUGGAGGCUGCCAUUGGACCAAUUAUCGACCUCAAAAUCUUCCCAAAGAUUCGAAAGGAAUUUCUGACAUUACUAGUGGCCGUAGUCCUGUUUUUGUUUGGCUUAUCAAUGGUUUCAGCUCCAGGCUUUUAUAUAUUCCAAAUGUUCGAUGAUUAUUCAGUGACCAUUCCACUGCUGGUAAUCGCUCUAUUCCAAUGUAUUGGUGUUGCAUGGGUUUAUGGCAAUAACAGGUUUGCAGAUGAUAUAGAAUUCAUGACUGGUAAACGACCAUGGGUGGGAUGGAUGAUUUGCUGGAAAUAUAUUUCACCACUCGCUUUGUUUGUUGUUCUCGUCGCUCUCAUCGUCCAGCAAGCACAGUCGAAACCAACGUAUUCCAAGUUUGUUGGCUGCGUACAGAAACCCUUUGGCGACAGUGCUGGUUCUGUAGAUUGGACAGAGAAAGUAGCAUAUCCAGGUUGGGGCAUUUUCGUGGUGGUUAUGAUAGUACUUGUUUCUACUGUUCCAAUAUUAAUCUGGCUCAUCAAAGACUGGCCUAAGGACUGGGCUCGCAGCUUCCACAAAACCUUCUGUACCGGUGUUAACAACUACUUGCCAGAUCCAGAAAGAGACCCCAAUGAGAAUCGCCCGAAAGCUUAAAUGAUUUCGGAAUUUUCCUUUUCGUUUGUAUUUCCACACCAUACCACUGGAAAAAAUCGCUCGCUUUAAAGGUUGUAAAUUUGAUGUAAAUAUGAUGUAAGUGUCCAAAAUUCUGUAAAUGAUUUCCAUUAAAUUUUCAGAAUUUUGGACACUUACAUCAUAUUUACAUCAAAUUUACAACCUUUAAAGCGCGCGAUUUUUUCCAGUGUACAGGGGGGCUACUGUAGGUUGACGGUUUCUGGUGAUUUUCGAGAUCGGUGUUCACUAUUGCACUAAUCAUUUUUGCAGCGGUUUACGGUUGUGAAGAUAUCGCUCGGUUGCGGAAAAUUGCCGAUUUUGCAACGCGGUUUAUGGUUCAGAUUUUGGUAUGGAGAAUGGAGUAUGGUACAAAAAGGCCCUGUUUAAAUGAGAUACAGUGCCUCUAGGUAGUAGAGACAAACUAUUUUGUUUUAAAUUCUCCUAGGCUCCUAGGCUCUACUUCCUUAGGGGCACCCAAUCUCAUGUAAACAAGGCCUAAGGAUAUCAUAGCUCAUCGAUUUUUUAGCGUCGGUUAGCGGAAAAAUGUGAAAGUCAGCCUAAAAUAAGCCCCCUAUAUAAUGAUCGACAACUACUUUUUGAAAUAGGAAAAAUCGGAAUCAAUGAUAUUUUUCAACGAUUCUGUAAGGGGAUCAGGGCUCAAAAUGUACGGAGUUUUGGGAUUGGGAUCAGGUUUUUAGGCCGUUUUGAUCCGGAUCAACAGCAAAAAAAUAUACCUCGUUACUAGCCUGACCAUCCAACCAUUGUCAAUCAUUUUUUCAAACUGCAGCAAACUUUUGUAUUUCAAUAUGAUUCAAUAAAAAUAUUUACGUAAACAA